AUGUCAUCAAAUAAAAUCAUCGUAACCAAUAUUUCUUCAAAGACCCCGGAAUUCGUAGUCAAGAAUUUUAUCGGAUUCGUUGGCAAGAUUAGAAAUUUCGAGCUCAUAAAGGAAGACAACGGUGAAAAAUAUAUCGCAUACAUCACAUUCGAAAAAGAAUCAUCUGCCAGAGCCGCCUUAUUAUUGACCAACUCAAUCAUGGGUGAAUCACUUAUUACCGUCAAGCCAGCCGAGGAUGUGAAUACUGAUGACGCUUACUCAGAGGGCGAAAACCUCGAAACCAAGGGAAAAUACGACAAAGCCGUAAUCUUGGCUGAAAUUCUAGCUGCGGGUUAUCAGCUUCAAGAUACUAUUUACGAGACAGGUAGUGGCAUCGAUGUUCAAGAGAUAAACGAGAAAUAUAAGGUCGUCGAAACCGUUGUCCAUAAAGCUUCGGAAAUUGAUAACAAAUAUUCCGUUCAAGAUAAAGUGAGAUCGUACGCCUCACAAGCCCAGGAUAAAGCCACCCAGGCAUUGAACACAGAACCCGGCAAAUACGCCCAUGAGUUAUACACAACCACCUAUAAACAAAUUGGUGUUAUUCAAUGUCAAGCACGAAAAAUCGCCAAUGACAAGAAGGCAAAGGUUAACGGCAUCGCGGCUCAUUAA